GCGAACCGUUACCCGUUUUUUUUGGCUGGUUUGUAUAAGGGUUUUGCCCUUUUACCACGAGCUCUCCUGACAACCACGUCCACAUCCUGUGGUAUUACUAAACGUGUUAAAAAUUCAAACAAUGUUCGCAUUGUGUCCAGAAAAACUGGGAAGAAAGAUGAUUUGUGGCAACAGUACAACGAGGUAGUUUAUCCACCCAGGGAUCUGCCUCCUUUCGAAAAAUCAGACGGACUCGCUUCACCCAAUUCGGAUCCUAGGCCUGGAGAGGUCCUGGAAGAGGCAAUCGAAUUGGCCGUAAAAGAGCACGAUUUUGAAUACUCCACAAAAAUUUGGAUUGAAACUGUGCACGUGAGUCGUGGGCGUGCAAUUCCUCGUAUUUACAAAGGUGUACGUAGUCAAGUCUUCAUGGACAACUAUCAUUACACCAAUUUGUACAUUCGGUUACGAGAAGGUGAUCCGCCCGAAGUCUAUCAUCCGCGUCGAAUAACGUCCACGUGGACCCCGUCUCCCGCUUGCCCGGAGAACGGACAACCUCGANCCGGGAAUUGGAACGAUUGCGUAAACGACGCAUCAAAUUCAGUUUGUAAACUAGUCCGCAUUUUCAUUAUCAUCUCUCAAAUUUCUACAUGUAGCGAAUUCCUCUGUGGACAGAAUUCCACCGACAUGUUGGAGAAUACAAUUGUAUACAUCUUUCGUGAUUGUCGUUGA